AUGAAGAAAAUGCUCGCUGCUGCAGUCUCUCGUGUGUUGUCGAGGGCAUCCCAGAAGCCUGCUAGCAGAGUGCAGGUGGCAGCCUGUAACUAUUCAAAUGAUGCUACUUUUGAAAUCAAGAAAUGUGAUCUUCAUCGGUUAGAAGAAGGCCCUCCUAACACAACAGUGCUCACCAGGGAGGAAGGGCUCAAAUACUACAGGAUGAUGCAGACUGUUCGCCGAAUGGAAUUAAAAGCAGAUCAACUGUAUAAACAGAAAUUUAUUCGUGGAUUCUGUCACUUGUGUGAUGGUCAGGAAGCUUGUUGUGUGGGUCUUGAGGCAGGCAUAAACCCCACGGAUCACGUCAUCACAUCCUAUCGGGCUCACGGCUUAAGCUACACUCGUGGAGUUCCUGUCCGAGGAAUUCUUGCAGAGCUUACAGGAAGAAAAGGAGGUUGUGCUAAAGGAAAAGGAGGAUCAAUGCAUAUGUAUGGCAAGAACUUCUACGGGGGCAAUGGCAUUGUCGGAGCCCAGGUCCCCCUGGGAGCCGGUAUUGCUCUGGCCUGUAAGUAUAAGGGAAAAGAUGAGAUCUGUUUGACUUUAUAUGGCGAUGGUGCUGCUAACCAGGGUCAGCUAUUUGAAGCUUACAAUAUGGCAGCUUUGUGGAAAUUACCUUGUGUUUUCAUCUGUGAGAAUAACCGCUAUGGAAUGGGAACAUCUGCUGAGAGAGCAGCAGCCAACACUGAGUACUACAAGAGAAGCAGUUUUAUUCCUGGGCUGAGGGUAGAUGGAAUGGAUGUUCUAUGUGUCCGGGAGGCAGUAAAGUUUGCAGCUGCCUAUUGUAGAUCUGGAAAGGGGCCUAUACUGAUGGAGCUGCAGACUUAUCGCUAUCAUGGACACAGUAUGAGUGAUCCUGGAAUCAGUUAUCGUUCCCGAGAAGAAAUUCAGGAAGUAAGAAGUAAGAAUGACCCUAUUAAGCUUCUCAAAGACAGAAUAGUGAAUAGCAAGCUUGCCAGUGUUGAAGAAUUAAAGGAAAUUGAUGCGGAAGUGAGGAAAGAAAUUGAGGAUGCCACUCAGUUUGCUACAAGUGAUCCCGAACCACCUUUGGAAGAAUUAGGUCAUCAUAUCUACAGCAGUAAUACGCCUUUUGAAGUUCGUGGUGCAAAUCAGUGGAUCAAGUAUAAGUCGAUAAGUUAA